AUCAACCUGACGCUGCUCCUGCACAGAAUCAACCUGAUGCUCCAAUCUGAAUUCUGAAGGCUGCAUUCGCAACUAAGCUGAUGAAUUUGACUUAAGACCCUACAAAAGUGCCAAUUAAGUACUGUUUUUGCCAAUUCAACUUUCUUUAACUAUGACAGCAAAGUCGUAUCUCAUUAAACAAAUCCUAAUAUCUGUAAAAGUUUAAAAUACCCCAAAACCAACAGAAUAACAGCAGCAAUGCUAUAUGUUCUCAGUUACUAGGGAGGAUUUCGAGCACUCUGAAACUUCUGUUCACCUGUUCUUGCUUUGUGUCUUCACAUGGCUUAUAUCUAUAUCCUUACAUUUCAUCUGGUUUUACUCAUCUUCCUUCAACCAGAAGUGUUUCUCUGUUCAGCUCUGAAAACGCUCGUAUUACCGCUCAAAACUCAGCUAUUACCUUCACCAAACAAUCUCUCUUUCCAUCGUAAUGUCAGCUUAACGGUUUCACUUACAGUAGGAACUCCUCCACAAAAUGUUGUAAUGGUUCUUGACACCGGAAGUGAGCUUUCAUGGUUGCGCUGUAACAAUCCGUCCCUUCCGAAUUCUUUACCUACAUUCAAUCCUCUUAGCUCCUCAUCCUACUCUCCAAUGCUUUGUUCUUCUCCGGCUUGCAGCACCCAAGUCAGGGGGUUUACAAUACCUUUAUGGUGUGACUCGAAUAAGCUGUGCCAUACUACAUUGUCCUAUGCUGAUGCAUCAUUCAGUGAAGGGAAUCUUGCUUACGAAACGUUUCACAUCGGAAGUUCCUCUGUUCCAGGUACAAUCUUUGGGUGCAUGUCUACAAGCUUUAGUAGUUCAAGCGAAGAAGACCCGAAGAACACUGGAUUGAUGGGAAUGAAUCGAGGGUCUCUUUCGUUUGUUUCUCAAAUGGGAUUCCCCAAAUUUUCUUACUGCAUAUCUGAAGGUGACUCUUCGGGUGUUUUACUACUUGGAAACAUGAGUUCACCAUGGCUCAAGCCAUUGAGCUACACUCCAUUGCUGCAAAUAUCUACUCCACUACCUUACUUCGACCGAGCUGCCUACACGGUCCAACUCCAAGGAAUUAUGGUGUCAAAGAAGUUGCUUACACUACCCAAAUUCGCAUUAGUACCGGAUCAUACAGGAGCUGGUCAGACAAUGAUCGACUCAGGUACACAAUUCACAUUCUUACUCGGCUCGGUUUACGAAGCAUUAAGGAAUGAGUUCGUCAAUCAGACUCAAGGAAUUCUACAUGUUUUGGAAGAGGAAGACUUUGUAUUUCAAGGAGCAAUGGAUUUGUGCUACCGAGUUCCAGCAACUCGAACGAUUUUUUCUGACCUGCCCACAGUGAGUCUGAUGUUCAGUGGGGCAGAAAUAGUGGUAACCCCGGAUCAGUUGUUGUAUCAAGUUGCAGGAGAAAUGAGAGGAAGUGACUCGGUAUAUUGUUUCACAUUUGGUAACUCGGAACUGUUAGGAAUAGAGGCGUUUGUCAUUGGGCAUCACCACCAACAAAAUGUAUGGGUUGAGUUUGAUCUUCAAAACUCGAGAAUCGGGUUUGCACCGAUUCAUUGCGGUAUUGCAAGUCAACGACUCGGUAUAUGAGUCGUUGACUUAGUCUGGAUCCUCAUCAAAUCGAUAAAAAUGCAAAAUCAAUAAAUAUUUAGUAACUUGAUUUUAAUAAUAGAACCUAAAGAAGUCGGAAGAAAAAUGACUAAAGAAAAGGUAAAUGUCAUGUUCAGUAAGUCGUUCGGUGAUUACUCUAAUACUAUGUUUGUUUUUAUUUA